AGGAGGAGGAGGAGGAGGGCGGCUCCUCGUCCCAGGGGCCGAGGCCACGGCGGCUCGGGCCGCGCGCGCGGCAGCGAUGCUGCACGGCGGCGGGGCGGCUGGGCCACGGGCCCCGCCGUGCGCGCAGAUCGAGGUGAAUGCGGGGCCUCUGACGCACCUGGCGGCGUCGCGGAAGGGCCCCCACCUGAUCGUAGGCGGCCAGCAGUGCCUGGCGGCCCUCGAGCUCGUCGUCAGCACGCCCAGGAGCGGGGAGGCGGCCGUGCCCGGGUUCGGCUUCUGCGUCAGGCAGCUGCGCGACAACCGCCGGAAGCAGCCCUCGUCCGCCUUCGGGCACGGGCUGAAGUGCACGGGCGUCUGCUUCCACCCGGACGGCGACGUGGCGGCCUCGUGCUCCGCCAGCGGCCAGGUGUCCCUGUGGGACCUCUCCUCCGCGUGCGGGAAGCCCGAGGCGCAGUGGCAGGCGCACAAGCAGCAGGUGAACGCCGUGGCCUUCGUGCCCGCGGUCCCCGCGCUUGUGUCCGCCGCUAGCGACGGCACGCUGCACCUGACGAGGAUCGGGGACCUGCUGUCUGCGCGGGAUCGGCGCAAAGCCCUGGAGGGCAACUCGUCGUUCGGAGGC